CAGACGCAGGCGGAGCGCCAGAGGGGAGAGGGAGAGCGCCGAGAACUUGUGCCCUGACUGCAGCGCCCGCGCCACGUUACCAUGGCAUCUGGACCCACCAUGACAGAACCCAUUUGUCUAGUGGAAAACCACGGAGAGCAGUUGAAUGUGAAUCGAAAAGCGUUACAGAUUCUUGACAAGAUUUCUCAGCCUGUGAUGGUGGUAGGCAUUAUAGGGCAAUAUCGGACAGGAAAAUCCUACCUGUUGAACCGCCUAGUAGGACAGAACCAUGGCUUCCUCCUGGAUUCCACAGUGAGGUCUAAAACCAAAGGUAUUUGGAUGUGGUGUGUACCCCACCCCUCCAAGCUGAACCACACCCUGGUCCUUCUGGACACUGAAGGUCUAGGUAAUAUAGAAAAGGUCGACCCCAAGAAUGACUCAUGGAUCUUUGCCCUGACGGUGCUUCUGAGCAGCACCUUGAUCUACAACAGCAUGGGCACCAUCAACCACCAGGCCCUGGAGCAGCUGCACUAUGUGACUGAACUAUCACAGCUAAUCAGGGCGAAGUCAUCCUCAAAGUUCAGUGGGGUAGACGACUCUGCCAACUUUGUGAGUUUCUUUCCAGAUUUUAUUUGGGCUCUACGAGAUUUCACACUGGAAAUGAAGAUAAAUGGACUCUUCAUAACUGAAGAUGAGUACCUGGAGGAUGCCUUGAAGCUGCUUCCAGGCACAAAUCCCAAAAUCCAGAAUUCCAACAUGCCCAGAGAGUGUAUCAGGCAGUUCUUUCCAAAACGGAAGUGCUUCGUCUUUGACCGGCCUACAAGUGACAGAAAUCUCUUAUUCCAUCUUGAGAAGGUGCCAGAAGACAAGCUAGACAGUGCUUUCCAGGAGCAAUCAAAGAAAUUCUGUACCUAUAUUUUCAAUCAUACAAAGACCAAGACCCUAAGAGAGGGAAUCACUGUCACUGGGAGCCGGCUGGGGACUCUGUUGAAAGCCUAUGUGGAUGCCAUCAAGAAAGGAGCAGUUCCUUGCUUGGAGAAUGUGGUGACAACUCUGGCUCAGCGUGAGAACUCAGUGGCCGUGCAGAAGGCAGCUGACCACUACAGAGAGCAGAUGGCCAAGCGAGUGAAGCUCCCCACAGACACACUUCAGGAGCUGUUGGAUGUACAUGCACACUGUGAGAGGGAAGCCAUUGCAGUGUUCAUGGAGUACUCCUUCAAAGACGACAAGCGCGAGUUCCAGAAAAAACUCAUGGAGACCAUAGAGGAAAUAAAGGAAGAUUUCUUGCUGCAGAAUGAAGAUGCAUCUGUCCAAUAUUGCCAGGCACAGCUUAAGCAACUUUCAGAGUCCUUGAUGAAAAACAUUUCAAGAGGAACUUUCUGUGUUCCUGGAGGAUAUCAUCUUUACUUAGAAGAAAAGGAAAAGGUUGAAUGGGACUAUAACCAAGUGCACAGGAAAGGGGUUAAGGCAAAUGAAGUUCUCCAGCACUUCUUACAGAACCAGGUGGCAGUAGAGAACUCCAUCCUUCAGGGAGAUGUUGUCCUCACCUAUCAGGAGAAGGCCCUAGCAGCUGAGUCAGCUUUGAAGGAGGCAGCUGAGAAGGAAGUGGAGCUUCUAAGUCAGAAAUACAAGGAGCAACAGCAAAAACUGGAGGCUCAAGAGAGAAGCUUCAAGGAAAAUAUAGAGCAACUGAGAGAUAAGUUGGAGAGAGAAAGAGAAAGCCUUCAGAUGGAGCAGGAAAAAAUGUUGAAUCACAAGCUGAAGAUCCAAGAAGAACUUCUUAAUGAAGGAUUCCUACAGAAAUCUGAGGACUUGCAUACAGAGAUACAGCUACUAAAAAAAGAGAUUGCAGCGGGUGCUAAGCAGGCUAAGGAGGAGGCAGCUGGGAAGAAACUGGAGCUGCUAAGACGGAAAUACAAGGAGCAACAGCAAAAACUGGAGAUUCAAGAGAGAAGCUUCAAGGAAAACUUAGCCCAACUGAGAGAGAAGUUGGAAAGAGAAAGUGAAAACUUUCAGGGGGAACAGGAAAAAACGUUGAAGCACAAGCUAACGAGCCAUGUCUUGCAAGAAGUUGCUGCGGCCGAGGUCAAAGAGAUGGCUGCCUGUGUUCUCCUCUAGGAUUUUGAUGGAUUCCUGCCUCACAUUUAAAUGUUUCAUCCAUUUUGAGUUUAUCUUUGUGUAUGAUGUAAGAGAAUGGUUCAGUUUCAUUCUUCUGCAUAUGACUCUCCAAUUUUCCCAACACCAUUUAUUGAAGAGACUGUCUCUCUCCCAUUGGAUAUUCUUUCCAGUAUGUUCAUCUUUCCAAGAUAGGUUGAACAUAGAGUUGAGGGUCCAUUUCUGGGUUCUCUAUUUUGUUCCAUUGACCUAUGUGUCUGUUUUUGUGCCAGUACCAUACUGUCUUGAUGAUUACAGCUUUGUAAUACAGCUCGAAGUCC